AGUUCAAGGCAAAUGUAACCACUUGUUGAGGACAAUGGUGUAAAGAAUGAAACUUUUUAAACUUUUUCUAUGCCAAUGUGGCGUUGGUCGAACUGACAGCAUAGACAGAAGCAACAGCAGUCUACUUGCUGUUCCCAGUGACAUCUACAGAUAUUCCCGCUCUCUUGAAGAACUCAUCCUAAAAAAUAAUCAGAUAAAAGAACUCCCUAAGCCAUUUUUCAAUCUUAAGCGUUUAAAACGGUUAAUAUUGAAAGAUAACGAUUUGUGCUAUAUUCCCAAUGACAUUGGAAAUCUAACACAUCUUAAUGAACUUGAUGUCAAUAAUAACGGCAUACAAGGAUUACCAGAAAACAUCAAGUUCUGCAAAAAUUUGCAAGUUAUAGAUCUUGGAAACAAUCCUGUUGAUGCGGUACCGAACGGAUUACUUCAAGUGAAAUGUCUGACUUCACUUGCCCUCAACGACACGAAUAUAGUGGAGUUACCAUCAGCGAUUGGAAACCUGAACAAACUAGUACAGCUUGAUCUUAGGGAAAACAUGCUCGAGAGUAUUCCUCAGACGAUAGGCGCCCUGACGAGACUAGAGUUCCUGGACCUGGGAGGUAACCACCUGGAAUCAUUACCACAGAACAUCACACACCUGGCCAAUCUGGAGGAACUGUGGCUGGACUGUAACUCUCUCAAACGGAUACCCUCGGAGAUUGGGGAACUGCGGAGACUGGAAAUACUGGACCUCUCAGAUAACCAAGUGGAACACAUCCCAGACGAGAUAUGUAACUGUGUCUCCAUGACCCACCUCACACUUACCCAGAACUACUUACAGAGCUUACCUGCUAAUAUCGGUAAUAUGAAGAAAUUAGAGAUUCUGAAGAUGACACAUAAUCGGUUAGCUGAGUUACCAGCUUCUGUGGGCAGCUGUACCGCCAUGACGGAGCUACAUCUCGGAGAAAACGAUUUGGAGGAAUUGCCGUCUUCUGUGGGAUCUCUGAUUAAUCUCCUAUUUUUAACGGCAGAUAAAAACAGAUUAGGAGCUCUGCCUGCAACGAUAGCGGAAUGCUCUCAGCUCUGCAUUCUGACAGUACGUGAGAAUCUGAUUACAUCGCUCCCCGCGGACUUCUCUAAAUUAUCCAGCCUGACCGUACUGGAUGUUGCUUGUAACAGGUUGGAUUACCUGCCCGGUUCGUACCGAGAGCUGAACCUGAGGGCCAUGUGGUUGUCAGACAACCAAAGCAAACCCUUAGUCGACCUGCAAGAAGAUACAACUCCGGAGGGAGUUUCCGUUUUAGUUAACUAUCUUCUACCCCAGGCUCCACCUGACACAGAAGAAAUAGACGGGUUUGGAAACACUGGAAUGACGUCAGAAAGCGAAUCAGAAGCCGAGAGCAGUCCUCCAGUCAACUACCGUGAGAGUAAAAUCUUCUUUGAUGUGCUGCCGAAGGAGAGUCAACCCUUGUUCAGACAUCCAACCCCUACUCCAAAACAACUCAAAGUGCUGAAAGCCCAAAGGACGUCCUAUCUGAGUCAGGAGAACGGAGCCACUGCAGUUCCUGUCAGGCCUGCACCGGGCCUACCUGCUAUGGAUUAUGAUGAGGACGAGGAGGAAGAAUCGGAUGAUCCCGAUGAUGCUCCAACCUCUCCACUCCUGCAGAAUGGAUUUAGAAUGAGUGCAGAUCGACCGCAAGUUACAUCCUACACCAAUCCUUUAACAGCUGCGGAUGUAAGUAUAAGUCUGCCAGGCGGCCAGACGAAAUCUAAUGAACUUGUUUUGGAUACAAAUCGUGGAGUGACGGGCACGGCAUUAUAGGCCUUCUUUUUAAACAGUUUAUACUCCUCAAUAUGUAUAGACAAAGUGAGAUCCAUGUUAUGAGAAUGUGAGUCCAGGGUGGCCCGUCAAGUCAUGUUCGGCAACUCCAUGAGGCCCUGGCGGCAAUGAGACAUUGUAGGUGAAUUAUAUAGUGGAACAAACUGAUCCGCCAAUUUAAAACUAUCUUUCGUUCGAGCAAUAGGAAAGGUUUUCUGAUUAAUGUUUUUAAAUACAAUUUGAAUUUAUAAGUAUAUUGACAGUAUUCAAGUAUUAUAUUCUGAUUUCGUCUGUACUAUAUAUUGUUGACACAAUUGCUGGUUAAAACUGAUUUGAAAGGAUCAAAACCAAAUAAUAACGUUGAAUGUUCUAAUUUUUUCCCGUGUUUACAACAUUAAACAUGUAAUUUUUGAACUUAGCGUGUCAACAAAUUGCACAUUGAAGCAUGCCUCAUGCAUGAAAGUUUUCAACUUUUCCUCCUUAAACACAUUCCUAAAACCUAGAACAUUCCUUUUACCAACGAUUAUUUGGUUCCUGUAACAUUGUUGUGUUUAGCUUACCGUUAAUAAAGAUAUUUAUUCUUUAGUUCACUCACUUUCACAUCACCUAAAGGAAAUGUAACAUCUGAGAUUGUCAGCGCAUCUCAAGGGCAGUCUUUUAUUUUGUUCAGUUUAUGAUCAUGGCAUGUGUCCGAUGCAGCAUAGAAUCAAGCGAUUUAAGGCCACUAUAAGGACGAGCCACUAGUCCGGAAUACUAAGCUGGUAACAAUUUGUCCCCUCUGAUCGCUACUAUCUCAUGUCAGUUGAUAGUAAGAAUAUGGAGCGACACUUUAUGCCUUAAGAGGCAUAAUGGACAUUGUUACAUACCCCGCCGAGCAACAAAAACACAUCCUCCGUAUACACUGCACUGUACACUGCACUGUACACUGCACUGUACAUUGUACAAUGUACUAAUCAUCGUCUUAACCAGGACGAUAACGACGCAGACGAUGAUCCUGUCUACGAAAACUUGACUUACAACAGAACUAACACACAGUGAUGUAACUUACAACUUACAACUACUAACUAGACUGUACUGACAAGACUGAACGACUAAGACUGAAGUGACAAGAACAAUAAAUUACAAUACUGAUUCGUGUUUUUGUUCAAAGGGCUUUUUCAGUAGCACAAGUUUGUUUGAAAUUGAAAUAUGAAAUUUUCCAACGCCAUUUAAUCCCAUUUGGUUGUCACGGUUUUCCAGCGCUCCUAAAACUCGGUUGUAACUAUUCAUGAUUCAGGUUAAUAACGAUCAUAUUCACCACUUAAAAGUUCAUUUUUUCCACAAAGAGCAUUAAUUCUUACCACAUACACGGUGAACGAUUUUUUCUCAAAAAAUCGAACACCUACCUUCUGCAAAAUACAUUUUAUCAAUUAUAUAUCAUAAAAAUAUUAUGUUUCAUUUGAGUUAUUCAGAUUUUUAUGGACUAUUUUAUUAUACGACUCAGUAAAGCCAAAGGAUCGUGUGCGAAAUGAUAUAUUUUCAAAAUGAAAAAAUUGUGAUAUGCAUGAUUAUCGAUUGAUGCUAGAAUGACCAUGAAUUUAAAUUCGAAAACAGAAAAGCAGGCUUUCCCAAGAGUGUGGUUAAAUUUAGAUUUUGUUACAAAAUAUUUUGUAUUAAGGGUACAUUUUAUUAAAUGAGACUGUUUUAAAGUUCGCUUGCCAGUACAACAUUUUAGGAUGGGCCAAGGCAAUUUAUAUCAGUUUAUCUCACAACUGUCUCCAUUAAUUGUGAAUAUUGGUUAGGGCAUAUUCUAUAUGCAAAAAUUAGAUAAACAUGAUAAAUUGAUAAUGAUAAAAUGCGUUGAUUUUCUUGAAUUGGUUGGCCCAAACCUUGGCAAAGCAAUAUUUCUGCUUAACUGCACUGCAAUUCUUUUGCGAAUUGCAAAUAACUGCCUUUUCGUGUACAUGAAUGUUAUAAAGUGUAAAUGUUGGCAGAUAAUGUAAGGCACGAAAUUUGCAACGAGAUUAACGAUUUAGGAAUUUCAAAAUACCACGUGAUGUAUAAAUUGUGCUGAUGUGAUUUAAACGUUGAGGCAAGACUUCAAGGUAUUCCACCCAACACGCUCUGUUGUGUAUUUUGUGCGAUUAAAUUUUCUAAACCUUAAUUGUAACAGUACCAUGAUCCGAAUUUCUUUAAAAA